UCAGGUGAAUCCUGACUUUGUGAGACGCAGAGACGGACGACUUCUGGUGAGUGGAGAUUGACCAGGAGAGUUUCCCUGAUGGCUUUCCAAAGGCGUGACAGCGAGGAUAAUAUUGAUAAAUCACUAGAUCAAAGGGACAGUAAUGAUGACGAGCGACCUGACUUGUCAGAGCUGAGGGUGGUUCUAAUAGGGAACGACUGGUCCGACAGGUGUUUCGUUGAAGAAGUUCUACUGGGAGCUUCUCUAGCCAGGAAUAAGGGAGAGACAGACAGAUGUCUCUGCACAAAAAGACUGGUAGAUAACAAAAAUCUAGUCAUUGUAAACACUCCAGAUCUGCUGUCUGACAAGUUUACCAGUUUCCAACUUUUAAAACACAUGAAUGAUUGUCUGAGACUGUCUGCCCCUGGACCCAAUGUCUUCCUCCUGGUUCUGAAACCCCAAAACUUCACAGAAGAUCACAAACAGAAGCUUUGCCGGAUCCUUGAACACUUCAGCGCUGAAGCAUUUAAGCAUUCCCUGAUUGUAAUACGAUCAUCAAGAGAGGAUUUUUCAGAGAUGUGGGAGCGUUUUAUGACCCUUUCACAUUUAGCAGAUCUGAAAGAGAAAUGUAGAAGCACAUUUUUAGUUAACCAGACCACAGACACUCUGAAGCUGCUGGAGCAGUUGGAGCUUAUUGUGAGAGCCAACGGAAGGAAAAGUUUAAUCUGCAAAGCAUUUCUGGAUUCAGCUAUCACUCCUCCUCUAUAUGCAGAUGCUUCAUUCAGGAUUGUGCUGCUGGGAAAAGGUGAAGAAAAAAAGACACAGCUGGGAAACUUCAUAGUUGACCGAUGGGAUCGUUCAAGUAAAAGCUCAGUGGUCACCAGUGUUUUCAAGAGUGGAAAAUGGGGAGACAUUCCUUUAACUGUCGUUAAAACUCCAAAUUUCUUUCAUCAGUCAGACGAAAUGAUAAAAAAAGAGAUAAAGAAAAGUGUGGACUUUUGCAAACCUGGACCAAACGUUCUUCUGCUGCUAAUCAAACCCUCAAAGUUCACAGAAAAGAAGAGACAAGCCCUUUCUUCCAUUCUCAGUCUGUUCAGUGAAGACGCUUUCAAACACUCGAUGGUCGUCAUGACCCAUGAUGGGGCUGAAACCGCCUCAGCCAGAGAGCUGCUGAAAGCCUGUGAUGGACGCCAGUACAGCAUGUCUGAACAUAACCACCAAUCACUGAUGAAGAUGAUCGAGAAGAUUGUUUUACAAAACGAAGGAUCCUUCCUCACCUUUAAGGAAACUGCCGUGUACAAAGAGAAGAAACCAACUUUGAACCUGGUUCUGUGGGGGACGAGACAACCUGAAAAGACUUUAGUAGCCAAGACAAUUUUGGGCCCAAACUACACGUAUCCAGUCCCCUCAGGCGAUUGUGUGAGGAAUCUGAGGGAGCUGUGUGGUCUUUGUGUGUCUGUGGUGGAGCUGCCUCCUCUUCACAAAAAACCUCAUGAUGAAGUGAUGAAGAUGUCUAUCAAGAGUGUCUCCCUCAGUGACCCUGCGGGCGUUGAUGCCUUCAUCCUGGUCCUGCCGGUUGGUCCACUCCCUGAUGAAGACCAGGAAGAGCUGAAGACCAUCCAGAGCACAUUUGGUUCUCAAGUGAACGACUUUACCAUGAUUGUUUUCACUGUGGAGGUAGAUCCCACCACCCCUACUAUUGUUAAGUUCAUUAAAGAGAACAAAGACAUCCAGAAGCUCUGUCAGAGCUGUGGAGGAAGAUACAUCAUCCUCAACAUCAGGAACAAGCAGCAGAUCUCAGAGCUGCUGGAAGCAGCUGAAAUAAUGAAGCAUUUUCAGGAAUCACAAAUGUCUUAUACCACAAAGACAUAUGCAUGCGUGCAGAAAGAGAAAGUGAAAAUAAAAGAUGAACACAGUUAUGAGCUGGUGGAUGAACUUGAAGACACGUCACUCGAUGUCUCAACCGACCUCCGCAUUGUUCUGAUUGGGAAGACUGGCAGUGGGAAGAGCUCCUCUGGAAACACCAUUUUAGGAAGGGAUGAAUUCAUGGCUAAAUCUGAUCAAAAGUCUGUCACUAAAAAAUGCCAGAAAGCACAAACAAAAAUUGGCGCCCGUCAAGUCACCGUGGUCGACACUCCUGGACUAUUUGACACGACACUCAGUAACGAGCAAGUAAGCGAGGAGCUGAAAAGAUGCAUCAGUCUGCUGGCUCCGGGGCCACAUGUCUUCCUGCUAGUGCUGGGAAUUGGACGAUUUACAGAAGAAGAGAGGGAGACGCUGAAACUCAUCAAAAAAGUCUUUGGAAAAAACUCACAAAAAUUCACCAUCAUUCUUUUAACAAGAGGGGAUGAGCUGCAGUACCAUUCAAUGACCCCAGAGGAAUACCUGGAAGGAGGAGAUGAGUUCUUUAAGAGUAUUGUGCAGGAGUGUGGUGGAAGAUACCAAGUGUUUAACAACUACAACAAACAAACCAGACCCCAGCAGGCCAGAGAGCUGAUCGAAAAGAUUGAUGAAAUGUUGAAAGACAACGGUGGGACGUGUUUCACCAAUGAAAUGCUGAGAGAGGCUGAGGAAGCAAUUCAGAAAGAAAUGAAGAAAAUCAUGAGAAGCAAACAUGAAGAGAUCCAGAAAACUGAAAACGAGAUUAAAAUACAACUUCAAGAAGAACUGGAAUGGGUGCAAAUGAAAGUAGAAGAAGGAAAAGCUGAUUUAAAAGAAAAGAAAAGGGUCAAAGAUGCAGAGCUGGAGUACAUUUAUGAAAAUCUCAACUACAAGAAGACCAAAAGAAAGAAAGACUUUGAUAGAAGGGAAGAAGAAGAUAGACGGAAGAAGGCAGAGGAAGAGCAGGAAGAGAAGGAUUUUUAUACAAAACUCAAACGUUUAGAGGAAAAAUUAAAAAUGUCAUCAGAUGAAGAGGAGAAAAGAGAAACACAGGAGAUUUAUGAGAGUCUUAUUGAGAAGGAAGAAAACAGAAAGAAGGAAAUGAGAGAAUACUGGGAAAAACACCAGGAAGAGAUAAAACAGAAAGAACAACAAGCUGAGAGAAAAAUCAAAACGCUUGAAAAAGAAUAUGAAGAGAAAAAAAUGAACUGCGAAGAAGAAGAAAAAAAGGAACUAGCAGAAUUAGAAAAACUGGAAAAAGAACCAAUGGAAAAAUAUGGGAAGCUUAUGGCAGAAAUGUUGCAGCAUCAUGAAGAAAAGGCCAGAUUACAGGCUGAAGAACACAACGAAUUCAGAGAAAAAUAUGAAACCAACUUUGCCGGCCUCAUGGAGGAGCACAGAGAGGAACUUCAGAAACUGGAGCAAAUGCACGCUAGAGAGGUAGAGGAGGCAAAAAAACAGUAUAGACUGCGGGACGAGCUCUCCAGUUUCAACGAGAAACAAUUCAAAGAGGAACUUCUUCAAAAACAAAAGGAACAAGAGAAAAUGAAGAAGGAACUAGAAGAACAACUUGAAAAAGACCUGCGAAAACUGAAAGAAAAAUAUGAAAAUAGGUGUGUAAUUCAAUGAAAAGAACUCAAACACAUCCAGAAGGCAAAGACUCAACAUUCUCUGUCUGAAAGACAUCAAAGCAAACUCUAACUUUAUUGAGGUUUGAUUGACUAUUUUUAAUCCUAGAACUUUUGGAUGACACUUGUCUUAAAAUGUUGUGUUUUUUCGGAAAUCUCCCUCAAAAGUAAAGUACAUUUUGGGUUCUAGUUACAGAGUAUCAGCUGUUUUCUGGGGGAAUUUCAAUCUAUCUUCUCAAAGCAGAUGCUAGAAAUAAUGUGAAAAGAUGAGAGGAGCUUCUGGACAACAAGUUUUGGUAUAAUUGUGGUCACAAGUUUCAUUAGUUUUGACCAAACUUCUACAUGUUGCUGGUAAAAUAAAACAAAAAGGUGGUUAUUUUUGAAGAAAGAAAAUACACAAACAAUUCUUUUUAAAGUUUUAAAAAUGUUAUUUGCUGCUGUUUUUGUGACUUUUAUUACAUGUGUGAUGUUUCUGACCUGAAAAUUAGUCAGCCAGAAAUUCCAAUAAUUCAUGUAUUUUAAUAUUUAUUGGAUUUGAUGUACUGUAUUAAAGUAAUGUGAGUUAAACUGGGUAAGGUACAAAUGUUUGUUUUUGUAAAAAGAAAAACCUUUGCUUCAUGUGAUUAUAACCAGAAAUUUAGAUGAUUUAGAAAACUACAAACAAAAAGAUGGUAGAAAAGUCCAACUAAUCUUUUAAAAAAAAGGAUUUCUUACAAAAAUUAUCAGAUAUCUUUUUUUUUAGGAAUAAAACAAUUAAUGUUUUACCCUGUUUUAAACUCAUGUUGCACACUGAACUGUUUAUUCACAUUAAAACAUUUUAAUAAAAAGUGCUACAAUUCUGAAGUCUUGUAGAAAUUCCAUUUCUGACUUAUGAUGCAUGAGCGCCAUCUUGUCUGCAACCAGGUUCCCCUCAACUUGGUAGCUUUCUCCCCGGUUAAUCUGUGACCUCAUUUCAAGAUGCCAUCCAUUUCAUGGUCAGAAGAGAUGUGGGGAAAAAGUGCAGAGGGAUCUUACUGAUCUGGUUCUGAGCUGAUCAGAGAACUGAACAUUUAUUGCUGCUGAGGUUUGGUACUUCGCUCAGAGUGGGCAUGUUAGUUGUUGAUGACACAGAACACUCAAAGGGGAUCCUUGAUUUGGACUACAAUGUACAUUUUCACCAAAAACAUCAACAAAGAGACUUCAGAUGUUACCUUAGUCAGCUGCUGUGUUGGUCCUACAAUACAACAAUGAGACAGACUUGUAUGUGAAUCCUGAAAUGCCAAUUAAAAACAUGAAAUUCUG